UUCUACAAACAAUAUUCUAUGGUCUGAUGAUCAUACAUCACUGCCAUUUUCUAUAAAAUAAAAAAUAAAGUGUAAACUUUCAACAUUCUCGAACUUAUAACGAGAUUGUAAAUUAAUCGAAAUAUGGACGACUUAAGCAAAAAUCAAAGCAGUUCAGUUACUGAUUUACUCAGUGUAGAUAGUCGUAGCAUGUAUGACUUUGAUACAGAGUCAUGCAAUUCGCUCAUUGCUGGGUUUGAUAGAUGUAAUCUAAUAGAGAAGAAUAUUUUAUCUCCGCAGAAUAUUAGUUCACAAGAGAACUUUAAUAUAAGAGACUCAGCUUCAAUGCAAACAAUGCAAACAAAUGCAAACAUAUUUGAAGAGAAUGGAAUUGUAGAUUCUUUCCAAGAAAGUCCUUUGAAUAAUAAGCAUAGUGCUACAAAAAUAACUCAUGAAGUUGGAGUUAAUACAGAUAGAAGCUUUAACUAUAACGUUAAAAAUUGUAGACAACCAUAUUUCAAGUUCAGAAAACAUCUAAAUCAAUAUCAUAAUUUCAAACGUAUAUAUAAUAGUAGUAACAGUAUAUCAAAGAAACAGCAAAAGAGAUGGAAAAAUUAUAAAAAUCAUAAUAAAAAUCAUGAAUUCCAUAACAGAUUUCAAUUUCAAAAGUCUCAAGAAGACAGAGCAGCAAAAGGAUUCUAUUUUUUCAUGGAAUUAAUGAAAUGCUUUGAUAAAAAAUUCUGAUGAGCUAAAUACAUAAUAUUAUAUACUAUAAUCUUAAUAGAAGUCAAUUUCCAUUAAGUAUUAUGUACCACUAUAGUUUGUUUUGAAAAAAUUAUAGUCCUUCAAUUAAUACAUCAAUACAAUCAUUCAUAUUUAGCAUCAUUUUGAGAAUCUAAGUUGGA